UAUCAGUAGCUGUCACACAGUGUGUAAGUGUCCAUGUGUUUUAGUGAUGCAAUAUUGUAUUAAAAAAAUGUUUGUUAUAUAAUUUAUGCACAAUGUCUAAUCCACGGCAAAUAUUUGACUACAGAGAUGAAUCUCAAGCAGAUAGGCUUGCAAGGAAGUCUAAAGACUCCCCAUUUAUGAUCAUAGGUAUCAUUGGGUUGCUGGGUGUGUGUGGUUUUGGAGCAUACAAGUACAAGACUAGGGGCAAGAUGAGCACCAGUGUGUUCCUAAUGCAGCUCCGAGUGGCAGCACAGGGCACUGUUGUAUCAGCGCUAACAAUAGGACUGGCAUACACACUAGUAAAAGAACAUAUACUAAAGGAUGAUAAGAAAAAAGAAUAAUUUCAAUUUAGCUCAAUUAUAAAGGGAAACUUCAACACCAUAAUUAAUACAUAGAAGUUGCAGCAUGUUCUUUUUAAUUCCGAGUCUCAUUUACUAUCAAUUUUGAUUGUCUCAAUUAGGUAUUAUAUUAACUUUAUUUGCAUCAGUUUCCCUAAUUAGUAUAGUUUAGGAACUAAUUAUUUUCUGUGAUCAUUUAGCAGGUAUUAAUUGAAUGUAAUAAUGUUAUUUAUUGGUUAAGUUAUUACAUAGGAUAACAUCAUUCAAAUUUGUAAUUUCUUGGAUCUCUGACAAAAAAAUUGCUGUCAGUGAUCCAAAAAUGUUCAGAACUGCAACUAACUGAGGAUAGCAACAUGUACUUAUAAUAAGUUAAUUUAUUGUAACAAUAAUUGUGUACAAACAGUUUAAGAUAUUCUCCAAUAACAUACCAAAGGUAUUCAAUUGAAUCUCUACUUGUAAUUCUAUUAAUCUGAUUGCAAAAAGAUCUGUAAAAUAUUUUUGAAAAAUGUUAUUGUGUAAACAUUAGAAAAUGUUGUGGUAUAUUAUUACGUACCAUGCUUCGCAUGAAAAAUAAAAAUAUUUUAAAAUUGA